AUGGAGGCUUCACGAGGACCGCCACGGGUCAAGAACAAGGCCGCCGCUCCCAUCCAGAUUUCUGCAGAACAGCUUCUGCGCGAAGCCGUCGACCGUCAGGAUGAGAAGCUCAAAGCGCCUACGCAGCGAUUUGCUGAUAUGGAGGAGCUGCAUGAAUUCCAGGGCAGGAAAAGAAAAGAGUUUGAGGACUAUGUGCGCCGGAAUCGUAUCAACAUGAACAACUGGAUGCGCUAUGCUGCCUGGGAGCUGGAACAGAAGGAGUUCAGGCGCGCGCGAUCCAUCUUCGAACGAGCCCUCGAUGUUGACUCGACGUCUGUCGCGCUAUGGCUUCGCUAUAUCGACUCUGAAAUGAAGCAUCGAAACAUUCAGCAUGCGCGCAACCUCCUCGACCGUGCCGUCACCAUCCUCCCACGAGUCGACAAGAUAUGGUACAAGUACGUCUAUAUGGAGGAGACCCUUGGCAACAUUGAUGGUGCUCGGUCGGUCUUUGAACGCUGGAUGCAGUGGGAACCGGAUGAGGCGGCCUGGAGUUCGUACAUUAAGCUGGAAAAGAGGCACGGUGAGUUUGAGAGGUGCCGUGCCAUCUUUGAAAGGUUUACUGUAGUCCAUCCAGAACCAAAGAAUUGGGUCAAAUGGGCCAAGUUCGAGGAGGAACAUGGUACGAGCGACCUCGUGCGCGACGUCUACGGUACCGCUGUCACCACGCUCGGCGAUGAGUUCAUGGACGAAAAGCUCUUCAUGGCAUACGCCAAGUUCGAAGCGAGGUUGAAGGAACUGGAACGAGCCAGAGCCAUCUACAAGUUUGCCCUUGACCGCAUGCCCCGGUCGAAAUCAGUCAACCUACACAAGGCUUUUACAACUUUCGAGAAGCAAUACGGGGAUCGAGACGGCAUUGAGGAUGUUGUUCUGUCGAAGCGACGGGUACAUUACGAAGAACAGAUCAAGGAGAACCCCAAGAACUAUGACGCAUGGAUCGAUUUUGCACGGCUGGAAGAGACGUCUGGCAACCAGGAUCGAGUUCGGGACAUUUACGAGCGAGCAAUUGCACAAAUACCACCGACACAAGAAAAGCGACACUGGAGAAGAUACAUCUACCUCUGGCUGUUCUACGCCGUCUACGAAGAGGCUGUUUCACAGGACAUUGAACGAACACGCCAAAUAUACCAGGAGUGCAUCCGCUUACUCCCACACAAGCGCUUCACCUUUGCAAAGGUCUGGCUAAUGUUUGCUCAUUUUGAGGUAAGACAAGGCCAGCUUACCACUGCACGCAAGCUCCUGGGUCAAAGCUUGGGCAUGUGUCCGAAAGACAAGCUCUUCAAAGGAUACAUUGAGCUCGAAAUGAAGCUUUUUGAAUUCAACCGCUGCCGGCAGCUCUACACCAAGUAUAUUGAGUGGAACGGAUCGAACUGCCAGACCUGGAUCAAGUUCGCUGAAUUAGAACGAGGUCUGGACGACCUGGAUCGUGCGCGAGCUAUCUUUGAGCUUGCUGUUGAGGAGCAACAACUAGACAUGCCUGAGCUUCUCUGGAAAGCCUACAUUGACUUUGAAGAAGGCGAGGGUGAGUAUGAUCGCACACGCGCGCUAUACGAGCGUCUUCUGCAAAAGACAGACCAUGUCAAGGUAUGGACUUCAUGGGCACAAUUCGAACUAGGGGUUCCCGACGAGUCGGCGCCCGAGGAUGAUGAAACCAUCAGCGACACCGCCAAGGUUCGUGCCCGUGAAAUCUUCAAGCGUGCGCACACACGCCUCAAGGAGCGCGAUCUCAAAGAGGAUCGUGUGGCUCUGCUUACCGCCUGGAAGUCAUUUGAAGAUGUCCACGGUAGUCCAGAGGACAAGGAGAAGAUUGAGAAACAAAUGCCACGCAAGGUCAAGAAGAGGAGAAAGCUGGAUGACGACAGCUUUGAGGAGUAUGUGGACUAUGUAUUCCCUGCGGAUGAUGAGAGCGCAGCAAAUUUGGCAAAACUCCUGGCCAAUGCACAGAAAUGGAAGAUGGCAAAGGCUGCGCAGGCUGCAAGCAAAGAAAGCGAGGAGAGCGCAAACGGAAAUGGCGAGUAG